AUGACACAUAUGCUAAAUGCAGCAGCUGAUCGAGUGAAAUGGACCAGAUCGAGCGCUGCUAAAAGGGCUGCCUGCCUGGGGGCUGUGGCAUAUGCUCUGAAAACCCUCUAUCCCAUCAUUAGCAAGCGUUUAAAGCAAUCUGGCCACAGGAAGAGAAAAGAAGCAGCUUACCCGACUGCAGAGAACAGAGAAAUACUGCAUUGCACCGAGACCACUUGUAAAAAUUCUUCGCCUGGAGUGAAUGCAGAUUUUUUCAAACAGCUACUAGAACUUCGGAAAAUUCUCUUUCCAAAACUUGUGACCACUGAAACAGGGUGGCUCUGCCUCCACUCGGUGGCUCUAAUCUCGAGAACAUUUCUGUCUAUCUAUGUGGCUGGUCUGGAUGGAAAAAUCGUGAAAAGCAUUGUGGAAAAGAAGCCUCGGACUUUCAUCAUCAAAUUACUCAAGUGGCUUAUGAUUGCCAUCCCUGCUACCUCUGUGAACAGUGCGAUAAGGUACCUGGAGUGCAAACUGGCUUUGGCCUUCAGAACUCGCCUAGUAGGCCAUGCCUAUGAAACCUGUUUUACAAAUCAGACUUCUUAUAAGGUGAUCAAUAUGGAUGGGAGGCUGGCAAACCCUGACCAGUCUCUUACUGAGGAUAUUAUGAUGUUCUCCCAAUCUGUGGCUCACUUGUAUUCUAAUCUGACCAAACCUAUUUUAGAUGUAAUCCUGACCUCCUAUCCGCUCAUCCAGACUGCUACAUCCAGAGGAGCUAGCCCAAUUGGGCCCACCCUAUUAGCAGGGCUUGUGGUAUAUGCCACUGCUAAAGUGUUGAAAGCCUGCUCUCCCAAAUUUGGUAAAUUGGCGGCUGAAGAAGCUCAUAGAAAAGGCUAUUUGCGAUAUGUGCACUCCAGAAUUAUAGCCAAUGUUGAAGAAAUUGCCUUUUACAGAGGACAUAAGGUGGAAAUGAAGCAACUCCAGAAAAGUUACAAAGCUUUAGCCGAUCAGAUGAACCUCAUUUUAUCCAAACGUUUGUGGUACAUCAUGAUAGAGCAGUUCUUGAUGAAGUAUGUUUGGAGCAGCAGUGGACUGAUUAUGGUGGCUGUACCUAUUAUCACUGCAACUGGCUUUGCAGAUGGUGAUCUAGAGGAUGGCCCCAAACAAGCUAUGGUUAGUGAACGGACAGAAGCCUUUACUACUGCUCGAAAUUUAUUGGCCUCUGGAGCUGAUGCUAUUGAAAGGAUUAUGUCUUCAUACAAAGAG